AACACACAAAGCCCACAGGCUUCUUUUAUUUAUAUUUCCGCUCAGUUAUGUCGAGUUUGCGCGCGUAGCUGAGAAACGGUUACACGUUUGGGGUUGUUUAAAAAUAUAAUCUCCCAGGUGAAUCCCAGCGUCAGGAAGUGGCUUCAGGAAGUAGUUUGCUGCCGCGUUUGAGUGACAGCUGUGCGGCGGUGACAGCCCACACGGGACGGCAGAGCCGAGCCGAGACUCAAGAUGGCAGGUCUAUCUUUAUACUUUGAAGAUGGCCAUGACGAUCUGGAUGAUUUUGGAUUUGAUGACUAUGGUUCAGAGUGUGACGGCAUCCGCAUCACAGCCUUCCUUGAUGCAGGACAAGACAACCUAACUCCUCUUGGGAGGCUAGAAAAGUAUGCCUUCAGUGAGAAUGUCUUCAACAGGCAGAUCGUGGCUCGCGGCCUGCUUGAUGUGCUUCGAGAGUUCAGUGACAAUGAAAAUGACUUUAUCAGUGUCAUGGAGACAGUUGCCAGAAUGUCAGAAGACGGAGAGCCCACAGUGCGAGCCGAACUGAUGGAGCAGGUCCCCAACAUUGCCAUGUUCUUGCACGAGAGUCGGCCCAACUUCCCAGCAGCUUUCUCAAGAUACUUGGUCCCCAUUGUUGUCCGAUAUCUCACUGAUCCAAAUAACCAGGUGCGGAAGACCAGCCAGGCAGCGCUGCUUGUUCUGUUGGAGCAGGGCCUCAUCUCUAAAGCUGAUAUGGAGACCAAAGUUUGUCCAGUUCUACUCGACCUCACAGAACCCAGCAGUGAUGAUGACUACAAAAUCGAGGCAGUCUCUAUGAUGUGUAAAGUUGUCACCAUGUUGAGCAAAGACACAGUGGAGCAUCUACUGCUGCCGCGCUUCUGUGACCUGUGCAGUGAUGCCAGACUCUUUCAAGUCCGCAAGGUCUGUGCUGCAAAUUUCGGAGAGUUUUGUUCUAUUGUUGGUCAGGAGGCCACAGAAAAACUUCUGAUGCCCAAGUUCUUCGAUCUGUGCUCAGACAGUCUGUGGGGCAUCAGGAAAGCCUGUGCAGAGUGCUUCAUGAUGGUCUCCAAUUCUACCUCUCCAGAGGUGCGACGUGCAAAAUUGUCCCCCCUGUUCAUCAGCCUCAUCAGUGACCAGUCUCGCUGGGUGCGGCAGGCUGCUUUUCAGUCUCUGGGGCGUUUCAUCUCCACCUUCGCCAAUCCGUGCAGCACAGGCCUUCACUUCAGAGGGGAUGGCGCCCUACUAGAGGUCCCUAGGUGUACAUUGGACAGCGACUGCUCCCUAAACUCUCUGAACUGCUCCGAGAUUAGCGUCUGCCACGCAGGAAGAACCAUCGCUCACACACCUCCCAACCAGGACGGCCGCGCCACUCCGUCCCCAGAGCAUGUGUCGACAGCCGACGCCGAGGAAGUGCACAGCUUUGAUGACAACUACACUUCAGUUCCCAGAGAGAUGCGCGGCGGCUUCACCCGCACGUUCUCCAACAGCAACGCUAGCCCCACGACGACAAACAAUGCUAGGAACACAAAAGACACGGAGCAGACGGACGAGAACUUUAAUUCCUUUAACUAUUGGAGAUCUCCUUUACCAGACAUAAGUGGGGAACUGGAAAUGCUAAAUAGUGAAGAAUCAGAGGAGGUGAUGGAGCAGAAGGAAACGAAAGAGGAGGAGGAGGAGGAGGAACCUGAUUUCCAUGAUUCCAAGUCCAGCCCUGCCAAAGCUACCAGUGACCAGAUCCAGAAGGUCUUGGACUGUUUGCAACCGCACAUUGAUGACCCUGAUGUACAAGCUCAAGUCCAGGUGUUGUCAGCCGCUCUGAAAGCAGCCCAGCUUGACAGCCCAGACGACGACGGCCCAGAGGACGACGGCCUCACUGAACCCGAGCCAGAAGAGCAGCCCGAGGACGCCAUCGAGAGCCCGUCUGUGGAGAGCAAUUCUGUGGAGGUUCAGUCUGAGAGUGAAGAGAGUCCCACAGAAGAGGAGCAAACGAUGGAGCCUCCUCCAGCUUCGGAGUCCAGCCCUGUCCAGGAGCAAGGGGAUGAGGAGACGCAGACGGAGGACCAGGAAGAGUCUCCUCCUGACUCGCCUAUUCUGGAAUCUGAACUGAUUGAGAGUGUGGAGGAGGAAGAGGAGGAAGAGGAGGAAGAGGACGAGGAGGAGGGAAAGGAAGGAAAGGAAGACUCUGCUCACAGCCCCAUGUUUGAGGAUAAGCCCAAGAUCCAGAAUGUCAUUCCCCAGCAGCUGUUGGAUCAGUACCUCUCUAUGACGGACCCGGCCCGAGCUCAGACAGUGGAUACAGAAAUAGCCAAACACUGUGCCUUCAGCCUGCCGGGUGUAGCGCUCACUCUGGGACGACAGAACUGGCAUUGCCUCAAGGACACAUAUGAAACCCUCGCUACUGAUGUGCAGUGGAAGGUGCGGCGUACGCUGGCUUUCUCCAUCCACGAGCUGGCAGUUAUCCUGGGAGACCAGCUGACUGCAGCUGAUCUGGUACCCAUCUUCAAUGGCUUCCUCAAAGACCUGGAUGAGGUCCGCAUUGGCGUGCUCAAACACCUCUACGACUUCCUCAAGCUGCUGCACGCAGACAAGAGGAGAGAGUAUCUCUACCAGCUGCAGGAGUUCAUGGUGACGGACAACAGUCGCAACUGGAGAUUCAGAUAUGAGCUGGCAGAGCAGUUGAUCUUGAUCAUAGAGUUGUACAGCCACUACGACGUGUAUGACUACCUCAGACAGAUAGCACUCACACUCUGCUCCGACAAGGUCUCAGAGGUCAGGUGGAUCUCGUACAAGCUGGUUGUGGAGAUCCUCCAAAAGCUGUAUGCAUGUGGAGCCGAUGACCUGGGCCUGAACUUCAUCAACGAGCUCACCGUCAGGUUCUGCCACUGUCCCAAGUGGGUGGGGCGGCAGGCCUUUGCCUUCAUCUGCCAGGCCAUAGUCGAGGAGGACUGCAUGCCCAUGGAGCAGUUUGGCCAGCACCUUUUGCCCAGCCUGCUCAGCCUCUCCUCAGACCCGGUGGCCAAUGUCCGCGUACUGGUGGCCAAGGCUCUGAGACAGAGUGUCAUGGAGAAAGCUUACUUCAAGGAGCCCGGCUGUGCCUUCUCUGACGAGCUGGAGGAGACGGUGAUGGCCCUGCAGUCCGACAAGGACCGGGACGUCCGCUUCUUUGCCAGCCUGGACCCCAACAAAAGCUUGAUGGACACGGCUCCCUUGAUUUAGCCUCCGCUCCUGAGACCCAGUACAGCCCCACCUGCCUGUCUACCUACCUACCUGUCUGUCUGGCUGGCUGGCUGGCUGACUGACGCACAGUCAGCGUAACCUGCAACACCAGCACCUGACCAGAUCCCCAACCACUCGCCUGCUGGGCAGACCUGCACCAACGACCACUUGGGAAUCAUGUCAGAUGAUCAGAUUACAAUACAAAAGUAUGAGCAUGUUCAAACGACACAACCCAGACUCUGGUUGGGCACUACAUAGCGCACAUCGCAUUCACAACACAAGAUGCAUACUUCUCAGAGCUUUCAGAAAAUGAGCAGGACUCAAGAGGUUUGCUGCACCAUGUUUGUGGGAGCCGCCGUAUUCAUGCCUGAACUUGCCCGCCCUCUUCCACACUAACAUCAACGCAAUCCUUCCCCAAUCACAGACUUGUAAAACUUCAACGGGCUCUAUCUCUCCAAAGCUAAUUGUAAGCUUGAUAUAAAAUUGCUGAAUUGAUCUUUUUUUUUUUUUUUUUUAAUGCUUCUUUUUGUGGAUUUAUUAACGAACAAGCGGGCGAGGCCUGCCUGACUCUGACGUGUGCACUAACUCAGGGGGACUCAUCUGAACCUAAACAGCAUUAUUACCUUACAUGAUAAGCAGCAGCUCCUGGAUCCCUGGUGAAAAGAAAAAGAAAAAGAAAAAAAAAAAAAAAAAUCCAGCUGUCUGCGCAACAAAACCAGCCAAACCAAGUAGCUCUGCUGGUGUCUCUCGCCUCAUUUCCUCUAAAAUGCCUCUGUGGUCUCAGACGUCCUUUGUCUUCUGAGAUGACCUCUGGGUUGUCGUCCGGUUCCCUUCUACCUUCUUCUCUCUGCAUCUCUCCACCUGGUCUCAAUGGGCCACUGAAACCACUACUACUGCACAGAAGGAAUAGUGAUUCUGCCACUCAGCGUGACUCUUUUGAUUAAAACCAUAUCUCGACGUUUUUGAAAGGACACCGUAAUAAUCUGUUGAUUUCCCCCUCCCCUUGUGUCUGUUUACCAAAACAAUGUGACACAACACGUCUCCCAAAACGACAAGAGACAAAUAAAAUACCUCUGUUUGGAAAACGACUGGCCAGUGUGGCAUUCGUGUCGAGGGACAUCGGCGGUUCAAACGGGCUCUGAAUGGCCUCGAUGGGCGACUCUUUGGUUGGCUAAAAACAUCCUAACAAGGGCUCGAGGUGAAGUGACAAAGGGUGACGUCAAUCUCAGAAAGAAGAAGAGGAAGAAAGCAAGCACACUGUUGGAUUAUGCAUGUGUCUAACCCCCCCCCCCCCCCCUUGUGUAUAGUCUGUUCCGAUUCCUUACGGUUGACUUCCUGAUGUUGAAUUAUGUGACCAUGGUAGCUUUCAGUGGAUCUGACUGACCAGUUGUACAGUAGGAUAUAGGAAUGGCUGUGUGACGAGACUGAAAUACGCUUGAUAAUUUCUUCCCAGUCUUGAUGGAAUGAAUUUAAGUAUGAGGUCUCUCGAUAUUUUGCAACUCUUUUGUACAGCUUAAACCUGUGGAAAACGGUUUGUUUAUGGAACCAAGGCCAGUUUUAGUCGGGUUUUUACCCAUCGAGAUGUGUGAAUAUUGGGAGCAGUCACCAAGUCACUUUUUGUAGUCUCUUGAGCUUGUUUGUUCUCUCCUGUUGUAAAUGGUAACCCCCUUUUUUUUCUUUUUGAACAUAGACAUAACUUGAGAACUUAAGCUGAUUGUGGUGUGUGCUGUGCAUCUCAAGUCUUUCUUCCUUCGAAAGGAGAGCUCACUGCGGUAAUGGCGGUGUCUACUCAUCUCGUCUGUCUGCGAUUUGUGUCCAUCUCAUUUUUUAUGUAGUAGAACAGUUAAUAUAUACAUUUUAUGAAAAUUAUUUUUCUUUUCAAUUAUGCACCACUGUUCAAAGAUUUUAUAUCCUAACUUUACAAAAUUUACAACCUUUGUAAUAUUCAAUGGUUUCUUUUAAAAAGACAUUUUAUGUAAUGUUAUUUUUAGUAUUCUGUAAUUAAAAUGAUGAAAAUUAA